GUUGUAUCUGUCACUCGCAGGUAAAACGUCAUAAUGACCAGUCAGAAGGGAUAAUAAAAAAUAAAAGAGAUAUUUUAUAAAAAGUUUGAGUUGUUACGAUCAACUGUGAAUAAUAAAAUGGAUCAUAUAAAUUUUCUCUUUUGUUGUGAGCAGAAUAUUAAAGUUUCAUGCAAAAUAAAUUCAAACAAUUAUUUUACGCGGGAUUCGUAAAAUAAUUGAAAAAAUUAUAAACGAUUUAAAUAACAUGCAAGAAUAUUCAGAAAAUAUUCUAAGCUGAAACCUUAGUGUAGUUAUUAUAUAAAUACUGAGUUUUAUUUUUUAUAAACAGUUACCAAGAUGAAUAGUCAGUUAAUCAAACUUUACUUUGUGACUUUUAACGUCGCUACGAAGUACCCGGAGCAAGAUCCAGCUCAGAUGUUGGGAAUUUAUCACAAUAAAUCGGAUCCAUUGCCCGAUUUCUACGUCGUCGGUCUGCAGGAGGUAAAGUCCCAGCCGCAGAAUAUGUUACUGGACAUGUUUUUCGAAGACCCCUGGACCAAGAGCUUCAAAGACAUCCUCAAAGAGUACGAUUACGUUAAAGUUCGCACCCAAAGACUCCAGGGACUGGUACUUAAUAUUUUUUGCUUGCGAAAGCACUUGACACACUUGAGGCUGGUGGAGUCGCGUUACACCAAGACCGGCUUUGGUGGAAUGUGGGGCAACAAGGGAGCUGUCAGUGUACGACUUAAUGUCUAUGGAGUUAAUAUUUGUGUUGUCAACACACAUAUGACUCCUCAUGAUCAUUUGCUGGCUGACAGGAUCAAUGAUUAUAAUACGAUACUUAGAGAACAUGCGUUCGAAGUACCUGAAACACGACAUAUCUUAUUCCACGAUUACGUAUUUUGGAUCGGUGACCUAAACUUUCGUCUUCACGGCGAAGAUUUAUCAGCAAGUACAAUAGAUUCAUUGGUUAAAAACAAUGAAUUGGAUAUAUUAUUAGCUAGGGACCAGUUAAAAAUGGUCAUGGACAACGGAGACGCAUUUGCAGAACUAAUUGAAAAUACAAUUACAUUCCCGCCUACUUAUAAAUUUGAAUUUUCAUCUCAAGAUUACGAUCUUAAACGUCGCCCAUCUUGGACUGACAGAAUUUUGUACAAAGUUAAUAUUGACGUUUACGAAGACGUCAAAUUGGCAGCUACUCAGUCUAGUUACAAAAGUCAUCCUGGGUAUACAGUUUCGGAUCAUAAACCUGUGACCGGAGAAUUUGAAAUUGUGGUCAGACCUAAUUUCCAAGACAAUGGGGUAGAAUUUCAGUCAUUAACCCAAUGGUUUAUCGAUGAAGAAAACUCAGUCUCUUAUACUCUCCUCGGAGAUUUCAAACCAACAAGUGGAGACUGGAUCGGACUUUUCCAUCAAGGAUUUUCUAGUUUAGAUGACUACAUAGUAUACGAAUACGUAACUCGAGGCAGAGCAUCAAGUUCGUCCGAGCCUUGUGCAAUAAAUGACCGAAUCUUCUUCAACGACAGCGCACUCAGGAUGCCCGGAAUGUAUUGUCUGGUGUACGUUGCCCAACGCGGCGACAUCGUCAGCAUUCUGGGUAUCAGUCCGGCGUUCCCGGGUCACCGGAGGCCAGGCAGUACUCAGAACUCAAUCUGAU